AUGGGGGGUUCUGAGAUGCCAAACGGUCUCAACACCAAUGGCUACGGUCACAACUACGACUACCCGCCAUCGCACAUUGACGGGCCCUACAGGAUCCUCGAUCAAUAUCAUUCCAAGCCGGCCAAGCUGCGGGUAGCAUGUGUCGGCGCGGGUGCAUCGGGGCUCUGUCUAGCCUACAAAAUGGAGAAGAUGCUCGAGCCUGGGUCUUGGGAGCUGACGCUGUACGAAAAGAAUGCGCAAUUUGGCGGAACUUGGUAUGAGAAUACGUAUCCAGGUGUUGCGUGCGAUAUCCCAUCGCAUGAUUAUAACUUCACUUGGGACCCCAAGCCCGAUUGGUCCACUUUCUUCGCAUCGGGCAAGGAGAUUCAGGGAUACUUUGAAGACUUUGCGGAGAGACAUGGAAGCAAAAAGUAUAUGCAGUUGAAUAGCCGCAUUGAGCAAGCAAAUUGGAACGACGAAGAUGGUUGUUACAGCCUUACUAUAAGAAAUCCGAAGACUGGUUCGAUGAGGAAGGACUGGGCGCACGUCCUGGUGAACGGCUCAGGUAUCCUGAACAACUGGAAGUGGCCGGAUAUCGAGGGCCUACAUGACUUCAAGGGUCCUGUACUACACUCUGCAUGCUGGGACCACAGCGUUGACUUCACAAACAAAACCGCGGCCGUCAUCGGUGUUGGUUCGACGAGCGUGCAGAUCGUGCCUUCACUCCAAAAGAUUGUAAAAGGGCUAGAAGUCUACAUGCGGAGUCCGACGUGGAUAUCGCCUCCUUUUGGUGCUGGCGCACUCAACGAUGAUCUACAAAAAGGACAAGACGUCGACCCAGGACAAAGGCAGUAUACCUUCACCGAAGCGGAUAUCAAAAAGUUCAAGGAAGACCCCGAGUACCACCUGGAAUUCCGAAAGAAAAUCGAAGCAGAGAUCAACAGCUUAUUCGGAAUGUACCAGCAGAACUCUGAACUUCAGAAUCAGUUCAAGGAUGUCAUUACCAAGGAGAUGCAUCGUCGCAUGGGCCCUGGCCACGAGAAGCUCAAAGAAUUCAUCAUUCCCAAAUGGUCUGUUGGCUGCCGGCGCAUCUCGCCCGGCGACGGUUUCCUCGAAGCUCUAGUGCAAGACAACGUGACACCAGUCUUCGACGGCAUCGAACGCGUAGUACCCGAAGGUAUCAAAACGCGCGACGGAAAGAUCCACAAACUUGACGCUAUCGUCUGCGCGACGGGUUUCCAGGUCGCCUUUCAACCCGCCUUUACUGUCCGCAACGGCUCCAAUUUAUCCAUCAAGGAAGACUGGACCGACGGCCCUAACCUCUACAUGGGUGUCUCCGCGCCGCGCUUCCCAAACUUCUAUACCAUUGUUGGCCCUGGUGCGACCUGGAGUAACGGCACACUUAUACCGAGUAUUGAGACAACGGUCGAGUAUAGCAUCAAGUGCAUGAAGAAGAUGCAGACUGAAGGGAUUAAAGCUAUGAGCGUAAAGCAGGACGCUCUAGAUGAGAUAUAUGCGCAUUUCGACGAAUUCCACAAGACAACUGUGUGGCAAGAAGAAUGCAGGAGUUGGUUCAAGAAUGGGCAGAUUAAGAAUAGGAUUUACCUGUGGCCUGGCGCUACUAUACAUUUCCUCAAAUCUAUCAAGACACCACGCUGGGAAGACUACGACUACGUAUACCGGUACAAGAACCGAUUUGCUUUCCUGGGCAAUGGCGACGUGAAGGCGACGAAGAUGAGGGAUAUGCACGGUUUGAGUCCGUAUAUUCGGAACUACGACCAUGAGUGGGAUGUCGACUGA